GCGCGGACAUCCGGGAAUAUUUUUCCAUUGGCUUAUCUAGCUCCCAGACCUAUGUUCUUGAAACUCAAUGGUUCUUGAGUCUGGAGUGCUGAAUGGUAACACAUAGCAACCGAUGCAAAUUGUAUUGUUUAAUCCUACAGAAAUAAAAGCAUAACGCAACCGUUUCGAACACGACGCUCAAAGUAGUUUAAAGAAGUAAAAUGAUAUAAAAUAUUCACAUCUAUUUUAAAUGUUCACAAUAUUGUUUUCUUUCCAAAAUAUACAAAUAAAACGAAUUAGUGACUUUUGUCUGAUUACAGGUAUAUUUUUAUGAUUUACAAACCUGAGACAGUUUUUCUUCAUCUUAAGACCUGCUGUCCUUCAAGGCCAAAUUGUCAUACCCAAUUCCUACCCAAUUACAAAAGCGUUGUUCACAAAAUCUCUUCAUAUAUUAUCCAACCGAAAGAUGUUUUUAUCUUUUCAGCCUUUUCUGUCAUUGGUAAGCCAGCGUGGCUGAGCACUGCACAUACCAGCUUUCCUGCGGGAAACGCUGUCGACGGUAAUCUUGCGACCAUCGCUCACAACGGAGGCGGUGACCCACAUCCUGUGUUGGGAGUCGACCUGGAAGAGGAGGUUUGCAUGGGACGAGUGACCAUCACACUACGCGACUCAGGCUGCGGCGAUCUGCCAUGUUUCCUAGGCACGGUAAUCCGCGCUGGGCUUAGCCCGAGCUAUACCGACAACCCACCGUGCGGCUUACCGGGCACGGCCGCGCAGUCCACCCCGGGCGCGGUGAUCAAGUUCCCCUGCGAUGUACCGCGGCUUGCCCGCUACAUCACCCUGGACAUCGACCCAUCCCAGCCCGGCGUCACUGACCCUACUCUGAAGAUCGCCGAGGUUGAAGUCGAGGUGUACACAGCUGGGGAAUGUGCUGAACCUAUCGUUGACACAAGCUCCGCCCACUUUAGGAGGCUGCAUAAGGGAGGCUACAUCGGCAACUCCGACCCCCUGUCGACCAAGAGGGCGUCAUCUCUCACUCGAUGCGCCCUCUACUGUCUGAAACGUGCCAGUUGUUUGUCCUUCGAUUUCGCGGCAGUCGUGGGCCAGUGUCACCUCUACAGCCAGACAUCGGAGGAUAUCGAGAUGGCUUCAAACACCGACUUCAACAUCUACGUGCGCGACAGCAACUAGUUAUAAAUGCAACACGAUAAGGGCCAAGAAAACAUUUUCAUAUUCAGGGAGUAAAAAAGAAAAUGACCGAAUUAGGAAAAAAAUAUCUUGAAAAAUAUUUGGUUCACUCCAUUUCAUAAAAGUAACACAGGGAUAGAUUACGUGUUAUUGACUAGUAACUAUGAACAUUUCACGUUUUUUGCAUUCCUGACUCCCAAGAUAUGUGGAUUUUAAUAAUAACAAAAAUCAUCAUUAAAUUGAAGCUGUCCUUUACGGAUCACGAACUGAUGAAUACCCAUUACAUACAAUGAAAAAUGGACGUUUUUCCACCUCAAUGAAUGAACGAAAACUCGCAAAGGAAAACAGACAAAAAUCGCCAUCAAUAUUGCAAAAAAAAGGAGUUGACUUUUUCCUCAUAUUCAAAUCACAAGUAUUUUCAGAUGAGCGAAGAACAUGCUCUGUUAAAACCAUUGGGGUAUCAAAUUAGAUUGCUUUUUAAGGACAAAAAUCUUUAACCCAGACCACUUUCUUUUUUACUCACCCUUUAGUCACACCAAAGUAGUAAUGUAGGCUACAUGAAACCGAGGCUGUUUUUUUGGGUGGGGUGGGGUAGGGGAGG